AUGUCCCAACCGCACCUCGACUCGGUCAGGUCAAUGUACGACGAGAGAAGUGAGCAUUACGACGAGAACGAAGUGCACAUCAAACAAGCACAGGACUACUGCGAGUGGGCGGGCUUGCGACGCGGAGAAAGCCUCCUCGAUCUCGCGUGCGGGACCGGGCUGGUGGCGCUCGAAGCCAAGCGCCGAGUCUCGGGGGCGGGCCACGUCGUCGGCGUCGACAUCAGCGAAGGCAUGCUCACGGUCGCGAGACGCAAGGCCGCAGCCGCAGGUCUGGACGACGUGCGCUUCUUCAACCACGACAUCUCGGAUCUCGCCGCCAUUCGCGACGACAUCCUGCCGGACGGCGCCGAGGGGUUCGACGUCAUCACUUGCGCGUCGGCUCUGGUGCUGCUGCCGGACCCUCUGCGGGCCGUUAGGAAUUGGCAGGCGUUGCUCCGUCCCCAGGGCGGCCGGCUCGUCACGGAUGUGCAGACCAAGGACGCGAAUCUCGUGAUGAAUGUCUUCUCGGACAUUGCGUCUCGGGUGGGUGAAUCGGUGCCGUGGAACUCUGAGCUGUUGCGGUCGCAGCGCGAGCUCGAGAGAUUGGCGGUCCAUGCGGGAUUGGAUGUCCAGACCGUGUUUGAGACAGACGCUUAUGCGAAGACGCGAUACCAUGUGGACGAUGCACGGCAGAUAUUCGAUCAGGCGGUUGGCAAGGCUAUGUUUAGUAACUUUGGUCGAGCUGACAUCCGCGAGCAAGCCAGGGACUUGUUCGUCCAGCGGUUCACGGACAUGGCCGGGUCGGCAGGGUCAAUUGAAGAAGAGACUAGAUUUUGGGUCUUGGUGGCCACGAGGUCUGCAUGA